CAGACAGCUGAUAAAGAGGAAAAUAUAUCCUUGGAGGAUUUAAUUGAGUCGUUUGUAGAGAAAAACGAAUUAUCUGGUGACGAAUGUAUACUUGUAGACCGAGAGACAUUAUGGAUGGACGUUGUUAAGUUCUAUAAGAGAUCACUUACAAAACCAGAUAUCCUCCGAAAAGAACUUUGUGUCUCGUUCAAAAAUGAAGAAGGUCUUGACGGUGGCGCUAUGAAGAUAGAAUUUUUCUCAUUGGCCCUUAACGAGGUAAAAUCUCGAUUGUUUGAAGGUGCUGAGCCAAAUAUGGUACCAAUCAAAGAUGCAACGAAAGGUAUGUUGUUUCAGCUUGCUGGUGUAAUUGUAAGUCAUGCAUUAUUCCAGAGAAGUUCGAUUGGCUUUCCGUUUCUGGCACCACAUAUUUACUCCUAUAUAGUAGGAGAAGAAGAGGAUGAAACCAUAUCCAAAAUUACGAAGGAGCAUAUUCCACUGGAUUCCUCAACCGCAUUAUUGCAUGAAUUCAUAAACUGUCUUGAAACAUGCAAAAACGAUGAUGAUAUCCAUCAGCUGUUAGAGGAAAAUUCGAAAUGCGAAGCAUUUUGGCAGAUUAUAAAUUCGUCACGAUGGCCGAAAGAGAAGGUGAUCAAUAUGAGUAGUAAAGAUUUCCUUUUACAGCAUCUUGUGUCGCACGAAUUGCUUGUCUCAAGGAAGAAUGAAAUACAGGAAUUUUCAGAGGGAUUAAAAUCCCUCAGCCUCCUUAAGCUUCUUCAAAAGAAUAAAGAGAUCUGCACAAUUUUAUUCACCGCUGGAGAAUUUCAACCACUUACUGCAGAUGGCAUAAUGGAAAUGAUUAUUGCAGUUGAAACUCACAGUUUUUCUGAACGUCAAGCAUAUGAGUGGUUGAAAUCUUAUAUUAACGAAGAUGAAGAUGAAGAGUUUCCUGGUGAUUCCCGACAACGUGCACUAUUACAGUUCUGGACUGGAUGGACAGUGGUUCCAUUUGGUGGGUUAGCAAAAAGGUUGAAGGUAGCAUUUUUGGCAGAUGACGAUACUAAGAGUCUACCAACAACAUCAUCGUGUACAGCGGUAUUAAGGAUUCCCACAGUCCAUAGCUCAAAGAAAGGUUUUUUUGAAGCAAUGAACAUUGCACUUAAGUUCGGUAGGGUUGGAUUUCCUAACCCUUGAUUGGCAACCAAUGACUGUUGAUGACAAUUUAACCAUUACACAGUAUUUAAAUGUUUAUUACAAAUAGGUGACAAGACAUUUUAGUAAUAACUGAUAUAAUACAAAAGAAAACUUUAAGAGUGUCAGAUUAUAGCAAGGACGACACAUACAGUAUCCUUUCAGUACGUUAUGUUAUGUUAUGUUAUGCAACUUAUGCAUUGAUUGAUAUUGUUUCACUUGUGACAGUAAAAACCCACAUAAAAGACCAUUGCUUUUUGAUGACAAGCUGUAGUGAUUAUUAUAUAUUUUUGUAUUUCACUUGUGCAACAAAAAUGUUUCAUUUAUAAUAACUUAACAACAGGUUGAUAUUGUGUUUGCAAUAUUGAAUUAAAUGUUAUGUACAUUACCCAGACAUGCUUUCUAUAUAGAAGUUGAAAAGUCUGUCUAA